AUAUACAUAUUCUGUCAAUUUAAAACCUUAUGGAAAAGAAUUGCGUUUUAGUAGAGCAAUUUAGAGACAAUUAGAGACAUAUAUUAGUAUGGCUUUUCGAAUAAUAACUCUGUCAUUCAUACGUCAUCGAUUUAUUGUCGGGAAUACUGAUUAUGGUUAUAAUGGUACCUUAUUUCAAACAAUACGGUAAUGGACAAUACAUAAAUAAUGUUAAUUUAUGUGUUUGGCGUAAUACGAAGAAUACCUCCAACGUUUAGGUGCCAUACUUAUGCCAAGCAGAAAACCAUUUGGUUAAAUUAAUCUUUUAUCAACAUUUGUUACGCAAACGCUUAAAGAUCAAUACAUCUGCUGUGUUGAUUCUUCAGUUUCUAACAAACAAUUCAGUAAGAAAUCUACUCUUAAAGAGAAAACAUUGGUAGAUGGAAGAAUCUCAUAAAAAAAUGGAUAAAGAAAGUGGAAAUCCAGAAAAUUGGAGAGAAGCAAAGUCGAUAUACGAUUUUAGUGCAAGAUCAUUAGACGGCGAAAAUGUUUCUCUCAAAAAAUAUAAAGAUUGCGUAUGCAUAAUCGUUAAUAUAGCGUUUCAUUGUGGUUACAUGAAAAAUCACAUUGAAGAACUGAAAGAAUUGUAUGAAAAAUUUUCUGAAAGUAAAGGUUUAAGAAUUCUUGCGUUUCCCUGUAAUCAAUUCGCAAAUCAAAUGCCCGAAAACAACGACGAAAUAAAAGAUUGGAUUGAUAGAGAAAAAAUUAAAUUUGACGUUUUUGAAAAAAUAGACGUUAAUGGCUCUGAAGGGCAUCCAUUAUGGAAAUACUUGAAACACGAGCAGGGUGGCUUAAUCGGGGAUUUUAUAAAAUGGAACUUCACUAAGUUUAUUGUUGACAAAAAUGGCAAACCGGUGGAAAGGCACGGUCCCAAUACUAGUCCAAAAGAAUUGGAAAAAUCAUUAGAAAACUACUGGUAAAGCUCAACUAAAAUCGAAGAUACAAGUAAAUUACAAUUGAUCUUAUACAUAUACCCACUGAAUUGGGAGUCAUGUGACACUUUUUUGGAGAGCUUAGGUCAGCACCUUUCGCAUGAUACUACUUCCAGUGCCCGAAGAAGAAGAUGACGUUUGAUCCAUUUUAGCACUAAAUACAACUCUAGUUGGAGCCUCUUUGAAUAGGAAAUUCUUCUCGCCAGAGCUUUUACCCACCAUAAACUAAAUAAUGUUACAGAAUGUAAUAUAACACAAACUUACAUAAUCCAGGUUUGGUAAAAGUCUCCAGAUAGGUCAAAUGUCAACUCGUUCACGAGCUGGGAGUGAUAUCAUUCGAAAGAUUUUGGUUAAAUCUUUCCAAAAAGGUAGGAAUCAGUCGACCCCAAUUCGGUAGAUCCCAUUCGGAAGAUUAGCCUAAGUUAGCACCUAAUAGGUAAUUCACUAAUAGCAUAUAUUUAUUUAUAGAACAUAAAAGCACUAAGUAAAAGUAUUCUCAUGUUAUUAAUAUUAAAAGUAAGAGAUAAUAAAAAUCUAGGAGUGUAAAGACCUAAUUUAAUUCUAAUUGCAAAAUCGAUGGUUUCCCUACUUUAUUUAAAUAGCAGUUUUAGUAAUGUUAGACUGGUGUAAGUGUAAGUAAGAAAUUAUCUAUUAUUUAUACGUAAUAACUACAUAUAUUUACAUGUAUACAGUAAAUAAUGUUAUUUACAUUUAUCCAAAUUCGGUAUAUUUGCAUAAGUAAAUAAAAGAAUGUAAAAUAAACUUUUAAAAAUAAAGUACCUAUCAUACAAAUUGUAAAAUAUACUUUUCCUGAUCUAAUAAAUUAUUUUAAGGAAUGUAUACAGAUUAGAAACUAAAACCAAAAGCGCUUAGGUUGAGAAGUUCAUGGUAAACUUUUCAGG